GGGCUCCGCCGAUUCCCUCCGCGGCCGUCCGGCGGGGCGGGGACGGGCGGCAACUCUCUCCCUCCUCCACGUCACCGCGGCGAAGCCUCCCGCACGCUCCUCCCUUUCGGUUGGCGUCUCCUUCCUCGCUCGUGGCGGGGAGGCCGGAGGGAGGCGCUGAGGGAGCGGCGCUUUGGGGGCCUCGCUUGAGGAGGCCUUGCGCAUGCGCGCUCCCCCCUCCCCCCAAGGGAGGAGAGCGGGGUGCGCGCGCAAGCCCGGCGUGGGGGAGCGGGCCCGGAGCGCCGCCUGGCGGUGGGGGAGCGGGCCCACAGCGCCGCCUGGCGGUAGGGGAGCGGGCCCACAGCGCCGCCUGGCGGACGGGCCGCGAUGAACCUGCCGCGCCUCGUCUGCAGGCACAAGACGGCGCUGGGCCUCGGCGGCCUGUCGCUCUUCGGCGCCGUGCUGCUCUACCUGGCCAAGUGCACGUCCGAGGGUCUGCGGCCGGCCUCGCCCCGGGGUCUCCCUCACCAGGCCCGGCCCGGGCCCCCGAGCCCGCCGGAGCCCCCCGAGGCCCGCGCCUUCCUGGCCGUGCUGGUGGCCAGCGGCCCCAAGGCGGCCGAGCGUCGAAGCAUCAUCCGCAGCACGUGGCUGUCGACGCCCAGGCCGGGCCGGCCGGGCGACGUGUGGGGCCGCUUCGUGGUGGGCACCGCCGGGCUGGCGGCCGACGAGCUGCGGGGGCUGGAGCUGGAGCAGGACCGCCACGGCGACCUCCUGCUCCUGCCCCAGCUCAGGGACUCCUACGAGAACCUGACGGCCAAGGUGCUGGCCAUGUACGCCUGGCUGGACCGCCACCUGGACUUCCAGUUCGUCCUCAAGGCCGACGACGACACCUUCGCCCGCCUGGACGCGCUGCUGGAGGAGCUGAGGGCCCGGGAGCCGGCCCGCCGCCGCCGACUCUACUGGGGCUUCUUCUCCGGGCGAGGCCGGGUCAAGCCCAGCGGCCGGUGGCGGGAGGGGGCCUGGCUGCUGUGCGACUACUAUCUGCCCUACGCCCUGGGCGGCGGCUACGUCCUGUCCGCCGACCUGGUGCGCUUCCUCAGCCUCAGUCGCGACUACCUGCACGCCUGGCAGAGCGAGGACGUGUCCCUGGGCGCCUGGCUGGCCCCCGUCGACGUGCAGCGGGUCCACGACCCGCGCUUCGACACCGAGUACAAGUCCCGCGGCUGCGACAACAAGUACCUGGUCACGCACAAGCAGAGCAUCGAGGACAUGCUGGAGAAACACCAGACCUUGGCGCGGGAGGGCAAGCUCUGCAAGGAGGAAGUCAAGCUGCGCCUGUCCUACAUCUACGACUGGGCCGUGCCCCCCUCGCAGUGCUGCCAGAGGAAGGAUGGCAUCCCCUGAGGGCGGACCCGGCCGCCCUGCCCGGUGGCGACCCUUCCGCCUCCUGCCUGGGACUCUCUGGGUGGGGGGUGGGGGUGGACCGGGCCUCUCCUAUCCUCCUUCCGACCCUUUAGCGCCAAGUGGACGUCUCAAAAUCUCCCCCCUCCGAAGCCCGCCCUGAAGCGAGCCCGAGGGGCAGGCCGGCCGCCCGAGGGGCCGGGGUCGCUGGGGAACACCGGCCCGACGUCCGGAAGGGAAGCGACCGGGCCGGCAUGACUCGAACCCCGGGGGAGAGCACGGUCCGGGGGCCACCCGGUCCCUCCCCGCCCCGUCCACCUCACCCAGGGUCGAGUUGGGAACUCAGGCCGAACCCGGCCUUUUUUCAGGCAGGUUAGAGGGCCCGUUUGGAGAGACCCAGAGCCCAGAACUCGGGGCGGAAGGGAGGAGAGGGCCCAACCAACACAGCCGCUGUUGGUUUCGGAGCAAACCCACCGCACUGUUGAUGCUUGGGAGUGGAAUUCAGUGCUGCUAUUUUACCCGCGGGCCAGGAGCUCUGGGAAACUACCAGCUUCAUCAGGCAGACCCGAAACCAGAAAAAGGACCGAGGGUAUCUUAAAUUAAGAACGGGAGACAUUUCUUGGAGGUACGGACCCCUUUAAAUGGGAAAAAUCAGGUGACGAAGCUACGGCUGAGUCUGUCCUGGAGCGGUGCAUCCAGAAUUGGAUUCUCCAAGGAUGUGACUCCUGUGGCCUGGGCUUACGAUUAGUAAAAACCCGUGUCAACAUGCCUGAUUUUUUUUCUCCCCUCUCCUGAGCCAAUUUAGCCGUCAUCUAGGAAGGAAGACCAGCGUGGCUUCAGACACCUAGACUUAGACUUCUGGCCUGUCCUUGUAAAACGUAUACCAAAGGAACCAAGUAUUAAUACCUUUUUGGGGGUGAGGACCACGUAAACCUCCUUUGGGCUUCAAAAUUUGUUUUCUGUAUUAGGGAAGAAUUCUUUGCAGGGAGAGAAACAACUGCAUAUCGACUCUGGUUUUGGAUGCCUCACACCAGGGUCUAAACUCCUCAGUAAAGCAACUGUUACUUGGGGUUCAUCUAUCACGCCGGAUGUGGACGUACUAUUUUUCGUAGCUGGUGAACCGAAGAUUUAACGGUCGCAGAGCAAUUAAAUGGUUCUUUGCCAGGAGACUAGUACUGUACACUCAAUUCUCUGUUUAACUGUGAUCUAUUUAUAAAUCUUGUAAAUAUAUCAGGUGUUGCCAAAAACUUAAAGCAGAGUGUGAAGUUCAUAGUCCUUUAAAAUUUAUUUAAAGGGGUCUGAGAAUUAUUAGUAUGAAGUGUGGAUAGCCAGCUCGUUUGUGUUAUGACAGUUUGCAUUUCAGGAUCCCAAAUUGCUGCAUGUUUAAGGUGGUAAGAGGAAUCUAAUUUAUCUUAAAUAACAGUGUUUUAUGUAAA